AUGCCCGAGACCAAGAUCCUGCCCAUUGACGCGACGAAGCUAGGCAAAAUCACCGUGUCCCGGCCAGAGGGCGCAGACGCGCUGCUUGAAGAGUGGGACAUCGAGUGGGCGGCCUCCGGGCCCGACGUCGCGCACCUGCGGCAAGCGGCGCAAGAGCUGCGGGAAGGGAAACUGCCCGUCGCCUUCCCGACCGAGACGGUGUACGGGCUGGGCGCGGACGCGACGUCGUCGGCCGCCGUGCGCGGCAUCUACGCCGCCAAGCAGCGCCCGGCUGAUAACCCGCUCAUUGUGCAUUUUGCGUCGCUGGGGCAGCUGCGUGAGCUGCUGCGUAAUGGUGUGGACGACGCUCCAGACCCCAUCCCCAAGAUCUACCACCCACUGAUCCGGCGGUUCUGGCCGGGGCCCCUCACGCUCAUCAUGCCGCUGCCCUCGCCCUCGCCCCUCGCGCCCGAAGUCACAGCCAACCUAACAACAUUCGGGGCGCGGAUGCCGCGCUCCGCCAUCGCGCUGCUGCUGAUCGCGCUCGCCGAACGGCCCAUCGCCGCGCCCUCUGCCAACGCGAGCACCAAGCCCUCGCCCACGGCCGCCGAGCACGUCUACUUCGACCUGCAGGGGCGCAUCGCGACGGUGCUGGAUGGCGGGCCGUGCGACGUCGGCGUUGAGAGCACGGUCGUGGACGGGCUGGGCCAGACGCCUGUCGUGCUGCGGCCGGGGGGCGUGAGUAUGGAUGAGUUGCGGGCUUGUGAGGGGUGGGAGGACGUGAGGGUCGCGUAUAAGGAUAAGGCGGAGAUGGUGAAGGGGGAAGGCGAUGGUGAGGGUGAGGGCGACGCGCCCCGUGCCCCUGGCAUGAAGUACAGGCAUUACUCGCCGCGGGCGACGGUGGUGUUGUUUGAGGCCGGGGCCGGCAUGCCUGGGAAGGCGGAUCUGGAGGGCAGGAAGAGCGUCGGGCUUAUUAGGACCAAGAGCUGGCCUGAAGGCUGCGGCGUUGUGCCGAAGCGGGCAGAGAACAGGGACACAGCAGCAGCAAAGGAAGAAGACGAAGCACCACAACCAGCGCACCCAAAGACACCUACACCAACACCAGCAACAGCACCCCCCAGCUUCUCCAACCUCACAGAAGCAAUAACGCUGCGCCCCGUGCCGCAGCCGCGCCUCCUCAGCAACAGCGCAAACGAAACCGAAACCGACGCCGCAGGCCCAGCGGAGGUCUGGGAAGUCAAUCUCGGCACCGACACCAAAGCCAUAGCGCGAGGCCUAUUUUCGGCGCUGCGCGAGCUAGACCGCAAAGACGUCGAGGCGAUUUUCGUGGAAGGCAUCGAUGAGCGCGAGGGCGAUGUCGCGGCCGCGGUCAUGAAUCGGCUGCGCAAGGCGGCUGAGAAGGUGGAGCCUGUGACGAGGGGUGGGGGUUGA